CGUCAAUCCCGGAACUAUGCGGAUUGCACAGGCGCUCUUCGGCUUCUCGAAAUUCUGGGUGUUACACUGAAGUUAUUUCUUACCUGUGUUUACGUGGAGGUGGUUUGCUGUCGUUCUGUGAGAAAUGGCUGAAGUGGAAGAAACUUUGAAGCGUAUUCAAGGCCAGAAGGGUGUCCAGGGGAUCAUCAUAGCUAACACUGAAGGUAUUCCUAUCAAAAGCACUGUAGACAAUUCUACCACUGUCCAGUAUGCAGGGCUUAUUCAUCAACUGAUCAUGAAGGCGAGGAACACUGUACGAGACAUUGAUCCAACAAAUGAUCUGACAUUUCUGAGAAUUCGUUCCAAGAAGAAUGAAAUUAUGGUUGCUCCAGAUAAAGAAUAUUUUCUGAUUGUCAUACACAACCCAGCUGAAUGAACCAAUGGUUCCAGUCGUCUUGUUUAGAUGCUUUUUGUGAAUUUGAAUUCCACUGUGCCAUUAUCAUUGUCUUUGCAACGGCCGAUUUGUACAAAGGCACGAUUUGAUUUCUUAGCCUUCAGGAACUUUUUUAUUAAUGGAAGAGAGAAUAAAAUGUCAAACCCAGGUGGACUGUAUGUAAUUUCAAGUGACUGAUAUUUAAAAAGAAUUUUCAAAGACACUACCAUGAAGACGGACUGGAUUCAACUAAAAAUAAACCUGAUUUUUGUAGUAGUUGCCUUUUUUCCUUUUCCAAGUAUACUUUAUAGCUGUUUCCUAAUAUUUUGUGAAUGCAUGUCCAUGGUAGUCCAGAAUGCUUUCUGUUAUGUACCAGACUUGAAUGACGGGUGGGAUAUGAAAUAGCCAAUAUUUGGCACAUGUUUGAGAAUUGUCAGUUGGACGGCUGGCUGACUUGAAGAGAAUAUCAUUUCUAAAAGAGCAAUAUACAUUACGGGACCUAGAGUACUUCAUCAAGGAACCCCCCCCCCAAAAAAAAUCCAUUCAUUCAGGUCUACUCAAGCCAACCAGGUGAAGUUUUAGGACUUUUUUGGUGGGUAGUUUUGUUGUUCAGCUUUACAGGAGGAAAACUCCAAGUAAGUUGUAUUCUAAUUGCGUCAAGAGUUCAGUUCAGUCAUUUGAUCCCUGCUGAUUAGCCUUUAAUGAAUUUCUCCUUAAUAGACUUAAUACCUGUUUCAUUUUUGUCCUCCACUGCAUUUCAGCAGUAGCACUGUUUACCUGCACAUAUGUUUUAUUUCAAGAGCUAAACUUGUUUACUGCUGUUUUGGUUCCAUUUCUAUCCUGUAUGUGCAGCCCAAGUGGUUAAAAUAUAGCUAAAGUCUACUUUUUUUCCUUUUUUUUUUUUUUUGUGGGUAGAAAACUUAUGGGCUUCAACACAGCAUAAUCCUACCAUGAAAAUAAUAAUUGACCCUGAUUGUUGGAUUUUAGGAAUUAAAAAAGUAUGUAUUGUUGAAUUUUACACUUGAAAAUCAAUGAAACCAAGAAUGCAAACAGUUUGAGCAGAGUGAAAACAUCUAUUUUAUAGUUAGUUGUUCAAAUACCUUAACAGGGUAAGGCACAGUGUUUUCAUUUAAACAUAUUUGGAUUGUGAAUAGCAUAUUUUCUACUCUGCAUUUCAUUUUAAUUCUUUGGUUUGGCUUCUAAACUAUUUUUGCUGUCAUAAAACUCUAAAGUAACAUUAUCAUAUGUCCAUCCCCACUUGUAUUGUAAAUGUCCAAUUGUAUUUCAUUAUAUACUUUGCUGUGUUUUAACCAUUAUUUAUUUUGUCUGUAUUAAAGGCUGUAUAAGGAA